GUCUAACAGAAUCUUAAGAUUCCUUUGACCUUAACAACCAACCCAUCACAAAAUCAUAUAUACAUAUAUAAUUCUUUAUUAUAAUUUUUCCCUUCUUUUCUCUCACAUUAUAAUUAUUGUUACUAUUUAUGCGCCCCUUAUUCUUCCUUCGUCCUGGCCGGCUAGUCAAACUGGGUUCAGUAACGGCUUCUGCAAGUGUCGCCUAUUACGUGCUUAAGAAACAUGCAGAAGAUACUAAGAACCCUGCUGUUGGUGGUGGUAGUGAUGGUGGUACUACUACUGGUGCUGCAGCACUAACCGCAGACUAUAUACCGCCACCUUUUUACUGGGAAACCAUACCAGGAUUUAUCAAAAAAAAGUUUGAGCCACCUUACCCUGCCAAUUCGUCAGCCUGGAAUUUUAUGAGUAGUCUGGUUAUGGGCGGUGUGGGUUCGUUUGGAAAGUUCUUUAUUUACUGUCUCAAUGACACACACACACACAAUAUGCAACCUACUUUGGAUAUCAUCGAUCAGGAAAAUCGCGCAAGAGGCCUAAUUACUGUAUCCAACCAUGCAUCAGUCUGGGACGAUCCUUUUCUCUGGGGUGUGCUUCCAACUAAAACGUUGUUUUCUGUCGACAAGAUGCGUUGGGUGUUGGGUGCUGCAGACAUUUGCUAUACAAGUCUUUUCAAAUCCCUCUUCUUCUCACUCGGGCAAGGUAUCCCAACCAUUCGAGGAGCAGGUGUUUAUCAACCAGCAAUUGAUUUUGCUAUUCACAAAAUGGACCAGCACCAAUGGAUCCACAUAUUUCCCGAAGCCCGUGUUAAUCAAGGGGAUGAUCUAAUUCGAUUCAAAUGGGGUAUUGGCCGUAUUGUAAUGGAAGCAAAGGAGUGCCCAAUUAUCAUUCCUGGGCCAUUUGUUCAACUGUUCAAUCCAAUUACUGUGGUUUUUGGUGAACCCAUUGAUGUCCAGGAUGUAUUGAAUGAGUGGCAACAAGGCAAGCUAAGUGAGGAAGAAGCCAGAAUAAGAAUCACAUCAAUUGUCUAUGAAGCCUUGAAGAAGUUAAAAGAAGAUGCCGAAAACAAUAGACUGAAAAACUAAACGAUAGACUCCAUCUGUAACACUAAACAAGACAUAUAUAUAUAUAUUUGUAUUUGUAUUUGUAUUUAUUCAAUCAAUCAAUCUAUAGAAGCAACAUUUAAUACUGAUACUAAUUAUAAUAAUAAUUUAAUAAACAUUAUAUUUUUGAUAUUG